GUGAGUCACUCGUGUCGUUGUGUCUGACCGUUUUGUAUAGGUACAAUUCACAUUUUACACGUGUGUAUGUUCAAUGCAUGUCACAAAGGUGAUAUUCAGCAUAAAACGUAUUAGAUGUAAACGAGUAAACAACUUGACAGGUGUGCAAACUCUUGACAGGCACAGCCGCUAUGUUCCUACCACUAGGUGUCGCUGUAAUUGUUGUGUUUCUUACACUGAAGUGGACGUUAAGUCGCCUAAGGAUCAAACAGAAAAACAGUGACCUUUACGUACUUAUAACCGGAUGUGACACCGGGUUUGGCCUCCUGGCGGCAAAGUCUUUUGCCGAAAGGGGGAUAAAUGUGUUUGCCGCCUACCUGAAGGAGUUUGGCGCAGAUACGGAAUUAAAUCAGCGCUUGAUUCCGAUACAACUUGACGUCACAAAGGAAGAUGAUAUAAAGAAUGCCGUCAAGACGAUCUCCAACAAGUUGCCCCCAAACUUUGGACUUUGGGCAGUAAUCAACAAUGCAGGCGUGUCUCUACAUACGGGUCUCUGCGAAUCCCAAACGGUGGAGAACUUUAACGAUUGUCUCAAAGUGAAUUUGUUUGGACAGGUCUUAAUCAUUAAGCAUUUUCUUCCGCUACUGCGGAAAUCCUCGGGACGUAUUGUUAACACGGCAAGCAUAGCGGGAAGAUUCGCUUUUCCAUUUUCAUCUCCGUAUGUCGUUUCUAAAUUUGCCGUGGAAGGUUAUUCAGAAUGUUUAAGACGAGAGUUGUAUGUACAGGGUGUGUCGGUACACGUGGUGGAGCCCGGGGUCUUCGACACGGGGAUGCUGAACCGCGCCAAACCCACCGAGUUCUUCCAGAAGUCAUUCGAUACACUCCCGGAUAAUGUCAAGGACUAUUAUGGCAGAGAUUACGUACAAAAAUUGUCUACAGGGCUGUCUAAAUUCAAGGGGAGCAAGGACUUUGGUCAGGUGACGGAGGCUUACUACCACGCGGUGACGGGGCGGUACCCCCAGGCCUAUUACAGGGUGGGCUGGGACGCCAAGACUGUGUUCACUCUCCUCAUCAACCUCCCCACGGGGGUCACGGACUAUUUGAUUGCGCGGAGUCAGGCCAAACCGGCUAGCGCAAGAUGAUGUCACUAGCAUACUAUGCAUAAGAUUCAGACUUCAAGUCACUAAGUGCAUGAAAAUAUAUAAAUUGAACAUUGCAACCUCGGAAAAUACCUGUGUCACGCAUCUACUAGAAGAAGUACUUUUACACACGCAAAAUCCACUUGAAUGCCUGUUAAUAAUGUCGUAGUAUAUAAAAAUAUAUCCAAAUAGAAAAAUAUCCUAUAACAUAAAAAUAUAAAUUUGAAAUUACGUAGUGGAAAUCUUCACAUUGCGGAGAUAAGAAUUUUUUUUAGAAAAUAAUGAAAGAUAGGUCGCGUCUGACCUUAACCCCAAAAGUACAUGAUUUACAAGUUUACCUAGUGUACAUGAUGUAUAUUUAUAGUACAAGUACUUGCUAGUUAAUUACAUUUACAUGACACUGUAUUACAUUUAACAUCAUUGUUAAUAUAUCACUGUAUAUAUUUACUAUCUAGUGUAUCAUAUGGCACAAUUUAACAAAAUAAAGGAAUUGAACGAAAAUCAAUAGUAAACGCAAGUUUUUUCGGGUUCAGUAUGAUUUUCUUUAUGUUUAGUUAAAUAGCCAUACAAUCGCGGGUUGUUGUUA